AUGAGGCUACUGCGGGUUGCCACGUGCAACCUCAACCAGUGGGCGAUGGACUUCGACACCAACCUCCGCAACGUCAAGGAGUCCAUCGCGCGCGCCAAGGCUGCCGGCGCCGCCAUCCGCGUCGGCCCCGAGCUCGAGCUCACCGGCUACGGCUGCGAGGACCACUUCCUCGAGCAGGACACCACCGCCCACGCGUGGGAGUGCUUAAAGGACAUUUUAACUGGGGAUUAUACGGACAACAUCUUAUGCAGCAUAGGAAUGCCGGUUAUUUUCAAUAGUGUGCGGUAUAAUUGCCAGGUCUUCUGCCUAAAUCGCAAGAUAAUCAUGAUCCGGCCAAAGAUGUCCCUUGCAAAUGAUGGAAAUUAUCGGGAAUUCCGUUGGUUUUCUGCUUGGACAUUUAAAGACGAGAUUGUUGACUUUCAGCUCCCCAUUGAAGUCUCAGAGGCUAUAUCCCAGGAUACUGUGCCUUUUGGUUAUGGAUACAUGCGAUUUUUAGAUGUGUCUUUGGCUGCUGAAACCUGUGAAGAGCUCUUUACAGCAAACGCUCCUCGGAUUGACUUAGCAUUGAAUGGUGUUGAGGUUUUCAUGAAUGCAAGUGGAAGCCACCAUCAGUUAAGGAAGCUCAAUCUUCGGAUUGAUUGCAUAAGGAAUGCAACUCAAACAUGUGGCGGUGUUUACAUGUAUGCUAAUCAUCAGGGAUGUGAUGGUGGCCGCCUUUAUUAUGAUGGUUGUUGCUGCAUUGCGGUAAACGGUGAUUUGAUAGCUCAGGGAUCUCAAUUUUCGUUGAAGGAUGUAGAAGUUCUGGAUGCUCUGGUAGAUCUUGAUGCUGUAUCGAGUUACCGAUCAUCUGUUUCUAGUUUCAGAGAGCAAGCAAGCCACAGAAAAAAUGUACCUUUUGUGAAGGUACCAUAUAAGCUUUGCCAAUCAUUUCAGAGUGGAAUGAUUCCAACUUCUCCAGUUGAGAUUGUGUAUCACUGUCCUGAAGAAGAGAUUGCGUUUGGACCUAGUUGUUGGCUAUGGGAUUAUUUGAGGAGGAGUCAAGCAUCAGGAUUUUUGCUUCCCCUUUCUGGUGGUGCGGAUAGUUCAUCUGUUGCGGCAAUAGUCGGGUGCAUGUGCCAACUUGUUAUAAAAGAUAUAGAGAAAGGAGAUGAGCAAGUUAAGGCAGAUGCUCUUCGGAUUGGGCAGUAUAAAGAUGGGGAGAUCCCCACAGAUAGCAGGGAAUUGGCUAAACGUUUGUUUUACACCGUUUACAUGGGAACUGAAAAUAGUUCUGAAGAUACCAGAUCACGUGCCAAAAGGCUAGCUGAGGAGAUUGGUUCAUUCCACCUGAAUGUACCCAUUGAUAGUAUAGUAUCUGCUUUUCUUUCCUUGUUUGAAACAUUGACUGGGAAGCGACCACGCUACAAGAUUGAUGGGGGGUCAAAUACCGAGAAUCUGGGAUUGCAAAAUAUUCAAGCCCGAAUCAGGAUGGUGUUAGCCUUUAUGAUGGCUUCUCUAAUGCCAUGGGUCCACAACAAAUCUGGGUUCUAUCUUGUUCUUGGAAGCUCGAACGUCGAUGAAGGGUUACGUGGUUAUUUGACAAAGUAUGACUGCAGUUCAGCUGAUAUAAACCCCAUUGGAAGUGUAAGUAAGCAAGACCUGAGGGCUUUUUUACGAUGGGCAGCACUUCAUCUUAAGUAUUCUUCCUUGGCUGAGGUUGAAGCUGCACCACCUACUGCAGAGCUUGAGCCAAUACGGGCAAACUACAAUCAGUUGGAUGAAGUAGACAUGGGAAUGACAUAUGAGGAGUUGUCUAUAUAUGGAAGGUUAAGGAAAAUUUUCCGAUGUGGUCCUGUUUCAAUGUUUCAGAACCUGUGCCACAGUUGGUGUGGAAGAUUAUCUCCGUCUGAAGUGGCAGACAAAGUGAAGCACUUCUUCAAGUACUAUGCCAUAAAUCGGCAUAAGAUGACUGUUUUGACACCAUCUUAUCAUGCUGAGAGCUAUUCACCAGAGGACAAUAGGUUCGACCUUCGCCAGUUUCUGUACAACUCAAGGUGGCCGUACCAGUUUCGGAAGAUCAAUGAGCUUGUGCAAGAGAUGGACAAAGAUGGCAAAUGGGAAACUUCUGCAGAAGGGAAGCUGAGAGGGCAGACAGGUGCGCAGGGAAGCGGAAUGGGAGUUGUGGCGGCGGGAUCUGCCAAUCCCAGUGCUGGGUUCUGA